GCCCGAUCAAUCCAUCAACAAACCAACCCAACCAGCAAUAGCCACCCCAAUCCAUCCAGCUCCUCCAAGCUCAGUGUCCGAGCUCAGCUCAGCUACCCACACUUCACUCAGUAGCAGCUACCGGUAGCGAGAAAGAAAGAUCGAUAGUGCGACGUGCGCGAUGACGACGGUGGCGAUAGGCAUUCUGGCCAUGGCGUGCCUCGUGGCGGUGGCGCGGGGCGGCAACUUCUUCCAGGACUCCGAGAUGACCUGGGGGGACGGCCGCGGCAAGGUCGUCGACGGCGGCCGCGGGCUCGACCUCACGCUCGACAAGACCUCCGGCUCCGGCUUCCAGUCCAAGACCGAGUACCUCUUCGGCAAGAUCGACAUGCAGAUCAAGCUCGUCCCCGGCAACUCCGCCGGCACCGUCACCACCUUCUACCUGUCGUCGCAGGGGACGGCGCACGACGAGAUCGACUUCGAGUUCCUGGGCAACGUCACCGGCGAGCCCUACACGCUGCACACCAACGUGUUCGCGAAAGGGCAGGGGCAGCGGGAGCAGCAGUUCCGCCUCUGGUUCGACCCCACCAAGGCCUUCCACACCUACUCCAUCAUCUGGAACCCGCAGCACGUCAUAUUCGCGGUGGACGGCACGGCGAUCAGGGACUUCAAGAACCACGAGGCGCGCGGCGUGUCGUUCCCCAAGAGCCAGCCGAUGCGGCUGUACGCGAGCCUGUGGAACGCCGACGACUGGGCCACGCAGGGCGGCCGGGUCAAGACCGACUGGAGCAAGGCGCCGUUCGUCGCCUCCUUCCGCAACUUCAACGCCGACGCCUGCGUCAUGUCGGGCGGCGCGCAGCGCUGCCCCGCCGGCACAAUGGAGGCCUCUGCGGCCGGCGGCAGCGGCAGCUGGUGGAACCAGGAGCUCAGCGGCAUGGGCUACCGCCGCAUGCGGUGGGUGCAGAGGAAGUUCAUGAUCUACAACUACUGCACCGACCCCAAGCGGGUGGCGCAGGGCGUGCCUGCCGAGUGCAAGCUCCGCUGAUGAGAUCCUCCCGCAGCUUACAAGAACAACAACGCAUGAACCCGUCAUCUGAGAUGUGUUUUGUUUCGGCUUUCGAUCCGUGAGAACGAAGGAAGGAAGGAAGUGCGCGCAUCAGAGCUCUGUCGGAUGGUGUAAAUGUAGUACCGUAGUAUGCAUAUCGCAUUCUUUCAUUUGUUUCGUUGUCACACGGGUCGUUCCAUGUACUUAUGCAAGUUCUAUAAUUAGCUAGUUCCUUUUAGCCUUGAAAA